AUGUUGGUGGCUAAAAAGGCUGUGCAAGUUGCAUCCAUUUUGUGCCACUCGCUAUCUCCGGCGGAACAAAUCAAUUUCGUCAAAUCUAUUCCAGUUGAUAGAAAUACGAAGAGUGUAUUGCGAGAAUGCCUAAUUUGUGCGAUGAGUUACGAAUCGUCAAACAAGGAAGAAUUUGUGAAAGCUAAAACAAUGGUUAAGAAAAACAAAGGGGUUUGCGAGAUUGUAUCACGUAGCGCGGCGUUUACGGCAGCGGCCGCUUUAAAAUUAAAAAAAUGGAGUGAUGUGGAUAAAAUGCUUGAAUACGCUGAAUAUUCUCCACCGGUAAUCACAAGUUCAAUUCGAAUAUGUGCAUUGGCAGCUCAAUCACGAUUAGAUGAAGCUCUGGAUGAAUUAGAAAAGGUUCUCAUGAAAGAGGAAGAAGUUUUUGGAACUCAGAAUUAUUGCGUUAGUGAACAGGCGCUAGACGAACUCUGCGAAGCUAUCAAGUUGGUUCCUGAUUCUACUGAAAAGAUGAAAAGAUUUCGAAAUCUACAACGAAUGGUGACAAAAUAUGGUAGAAGAACAACAAAAUCGAUAAGUGAACUGCUGUACACUCCGAUCCGUCUUCCGAAUAUCCAGACAAGCACGGAAUCGCCGAAGGAAUUCAUUGAAACCGACAAGUUCGACGAAUUCGUCAAAUCGAUCCCUUAUUUAAAAGACGAAAGUUUGAAGAAAUAA